AUGGCUGCAAAUGGGCACAAACAAAACCCACAAAUGAAAAUAACUAUGGAUCAAGUUCCAUCCGUUAGACUCAAGUAUGUGAAGCUUGGUUACCACUACUUGGUCACCAAUGUCAUCUAUCUUGUGCUUGUGCCACUGGUUAGCAUUAUCUUAACUGCUCUUUCUAUGCUCACUCUUCAAGACAUAAAUCAGCUGUGGAACCUUAUUGGGUUCUAUUUCACAUCAGUGAUUAUUUGGUCACUUACUACAAUUUUUUUAGCCAUCCUUUACUUUAUGAGCCGUCCAAGAAAAGUUUACUUAGUGAACUUUGCUUGUUACAAGCCUGAACCUGCUCAUAAGUGCAGUAGACAACAAUUCAUGGAGAUAGCUAAAAAUUCUGGUAAAUUCAGUGAGGAAAGCUUAGUCUUUAAAAAGAAGAUCCUUGAGAGGUCCGGGUAUGGUGAGGCCACUUAUGGACCAAAAGGCUUAUUACGUAUCCCCAUGGACCAAUCUAUGUCAGAGUCAAGAAAGGAGACGGCUAUGGUGAUGUUUGGAGCAAUCGAUGAACUCUUGGCUAAAACUUGUGUUAAGGUUAGAGAUAUAGGAAUUCUUGUUGUGAAUUGCAGUUUGUUUAAUCCGACUCCGUCUCUCUCUGCAAUGGUUGUGAAUCACUACAAGCUUAGAGGUAACAUCAUGAGUUAUAAUCUUGGUGGUAUGGGCUGCAGUGCUGGAAUUAUAUCUAUUCAGCUUGCCAAAGACCUUUUACAGUUGUAUCCCAACUCUUAUGCCCUAGUAGUGAGCACAGAGAACCUCACUCGCAAUUUCUACCUUGGCAACAACCGUUCAAUGCUCGUCACAAACUGCCUGUUUCGUGUCGGUGCAGCUGCAAUCCUCCUUUCCAAUCGAUCAUCUGAUCGCAGGCGUUCAAAGUAUCAACUCAACCGAGUAGUACGCACCCACAAGGGUGCUGACGAUAACUCUUAUAAUUGUAUCUUCCAAGAGGAGGAUGAAGCCCAAAUAGUAGGCACCAAGCUGUCAAAAGACCUUCUCGCGGUCGCCGGAGAAGCUCUCAAGACCAACAUCUCAACUUUAGGACCUUUAGUCCUUCCAAUGUCGGAGCAACUCUUGUUCUUUGCAACCUUGGUGGCAAAUAAGGUCUUUAAAAUGAAACUAAAGCCAUAUAUUCCAGAUUUCAAGUUAGCAUUUGAGAAGAAUUUAAGGCUCACAGAGUGGCACAUGGAACCAUCAAGAAUGACUCUAUACAGGUUUGGAAAUACCUCAAGUAGUUCUUUGUGGUAUGAACUGGCUUACUCUGAAGCCAAAGGAAGGAUUAGGAAGGGUGACCGGAUCUGGCAAAUCGGGUUUGGGUCUGGAUUUAAGUGUAACAGUGCUGUGUGGAAGGCUUUGAAGACCAUCGAUCCUGCAAAAGAGAAGAAUCCUUGGGUUGAUGAGAUUGAUGAGUUUCCUGUUUCUGUUCCGAAGGUUUCACCCAUUAAUGUUUCUUAG